ACGUGAGUUCCAUAUUUUUAGCCCUAACGAGGCUGCGCUGAUAAGCUUUUUUCUAUUAACUAGACAUUAGCAAAUCAAACAAAUCAAGCUGAAUUUACUAAUGAAACUUAUACAAAAAUCGAAGUCAGUAUACAACUUUUAAGUUUUCUACGAUGGAGUUUAUUAAAACUUAUCGUUUUCGAAUUUAUACAAAUGAAAUGUAUGAUUCUUGAUGAUGAUUUAAAUGUUGUGUGGGACGAAAUUGCCGAUUCUCUUUCAUGUCAACAUAUUGAUUGA